AGGGGGCGCUGCCGCCUUCCCGUCCUCUCCGCCCCUCGCUCGGGAGGCGGGGCCAGGCCGCUCGGUGAACCCGGAUGGCGCCCCGGAAGCGGAAAGGGGGCCCUGGCAGGACCGCAGAGACGUGACCUCCGGACGUCCGAGCGAGCGGGCCUGGUACAGGCAAUUAAAAAUGGGUGGCCAUUUUGGAAACUUGGAAAGAGUGAGGCAUGUGAUCACUUACAGCUUGUCUCCAUUCGAGCAGAGGGCAUUCCCUAACUACUUCACCAAAGGAAUUCCAAAUGUAUGGCGGCGAUUUCGUUCACAGGUCUUCAGGGUAGCUCCUCCUUUUGUGCUGGCCUAUGUUGUUUACAUCUGGGGGAACGAAGAAUUUGAGCGACUGAAAAGGAAGAACGCUGCUGACUUUGAAAAUGAUGAGUAAUACAGCUAAUAGGGAGAUCUUAGUGUAUUAAUGUCAGAGUCCCUUCCUUGUUUCUAAACUUGUUCACAUACACACAAAAGGAUAUUUAUUCUAGCAGGCUGUGAAAGCUUGUUCAAUAAAUCUUAGUUCCUA